AAACGAAAGUCGCGAGAAGCUCUCUUCAAAAUAUUAAUAGUCUUCAGUUGAGUGCUAUUUUACUUUUUAAAAGGGGUGUUAACCAACUCUAAGGAGAAAUCUAUCAAUAUCAUGCUCUAAAACAUUUCUAAGAUUUUAAUCUGGAUCUGAAUCAUUAUAUUUAUUGUGAUUUGGGUGAUUAUGGUGAUUACUAGAAAUAAUACUGGUAAUAACAAUUUACCUUUCUUGACUCUGUCAGACAAAUGUCUGAGAAAAAUCUAAUAUUUUAACUAAACUCGUGUCUGCGCGAACAGUCAACAACAGCGGAAUUUAUUUUAACUCCUGAUUUUGAACUUGCUUGUCUUUCAGUACAUGUAGAUCAAGUCUCGAUCAGCUGAUUGAUGUGAGGAGAGACCAUCAUGAGUGUUCCAAACAAACUCUUGACCCUUGUAAUGAUUCAUCAGAACACCCGUCUCCUGCUUGGGAUGAAGAAACGAGGGUUUGGUGUCGGAAGAUGGAAUGGCUUUGGUGGAAAGGUUCAACAAGGAGAGAGCAUUCUUGAUGCAGCAAAGAGAGAAUUGCUUGAAGAAAGUUGUGUCUCAGCCCCAGACCUCAAGCACAUCGCAAGGAUAGAUUUUGAGUUUGUUGGUGAACCACAGAUCAUGGAGGUACAUGUGUUCAAGGCUUCAGAGUUUCAAGGAGAACCAACUGAAACCGAGGAGAUGAAGCCACAGUGGUUUGACGUAGACUCCAUUCCAUUCCACACCAUGUGGCCUGAUGAUAUCUUAUGGUUCCCGUUGAUGCUGAAGGGGUCAAAGUUCAAAGGUUACUUCCUCUUUGAGGGCAUGGACAAAAUCCUGGAUUACACAAUAGACGAGUUGGACCAGAAAGCAGAAAUUCAAAGCUCAUGACAGUAACUCUCUCAUCAAAGAUGGGCAAGAACUGAAAUACAUUCCUCAACGGUGAGCAAUUGCAUGGAGAAUAUUUACUCAGAAAGGAAUCUGGAUUCAUUUAGAGCUAGCAAACUCACAGGCCUGUAUUUAUGAAGAUAGAAAUAUGAGGUCUGAAGUCAUGGUUUAUGCAGAUUUCAUUCCAACCAACCUUUGCGAAUUUGGGACAAGUUGUUGCAAUGACAGGGUUCCCAGCCCAUCAGGAAAUAUUAUUUUACUUUUUUCCAGUCAGGGAAAAAUCAGGGAAUUUGAUUUUUAAAAUACCUCAAAUCAGGGGAAAAUGCUUGAAAUGAGGGAAAAAUCAGGGAAUUUUGAUCAGCCUCAAAGUCAAAAGCAUGGUAGUCAGUCAGACUCUGUUAUAUUUUGGUGCACAUCAAAACAAAAUCCAUUGAAUGACUGGUUAUGGUGGUGCUAAUUAGUUUUACAUUAUUGUUUUUAUACUGAAAAUACAUGUAAUUCACUGCAACAACUUACAAAAACAUGCAAACUGGGAAAGGGUUUAAAUAAUUAUCAGGGAAUUUUUAAACUUCAUCAGGGAAAAAUCAGGGAAUUUUGUUUUCUUGAAAAGCUGGGAACCCUAAAUGGGUAAUAAUAUAGAGAAAAAUUGUUCAUGAGUCCACUCUUCAAACAGUGGACUCAUGAAUAAAAUUGCAUAUCUUAUCAUGGUAACAGGCGUCAAUUUGGCGCACUGUGACAAAAGCGCACAUCAGCAUUUGACAUUUUUUAAACACGCGCCCAAUACAUGCUAAAUUAAGCGUAAUUUAUACAGGAACUCUGCAUAAACAUGGAUUCAACCGUGGGUUUUAAAAACCACCUUUGUGAAUUCGGGCCAUUGUUUGUAUGAAUCUUGAAAGAGAUCUUGUAUCUCAUUAUGCCAGGGGGAGUACAGCAUCAAAUGGGAAUGAUAGUACUCUUCAUGGGCUUGUGUAUUGAUGUUUACAUGGAAGAAGAACCGUCCUCUGAGAAAUACCUGUACUUGCUUUCUACCUGAUUCAUUUUGUACUCAAUUGUAUGUAUGCUGGCAACUAUAUUUUGUUUGAUGUUGGGAGGUUGCAACCAAAACCAAAUUGAUCUUUGAGAUUUCUUGUGAAGUGUCUUGUCCCAUUACAUAAAGAUUAGAUUAUGUACAUGUUGUAAAUAUAUUUUUUAUAACCACCAUGAUUUUGGUCCAUUGGGGGAACCACCUCAUUUGCACAAGAGAAACGAUUUUGUCUUCAGAUUGCUGUGUCUUGGAAGCUGACCUGUGAACUUACAAUUCAAUCUCAUCUGUGAUUGAUGCCGUUUCAGAAGUGCACUCUUCCGUUUCCCGAUGUCCUCCGUUGAUCUUGAAAACUCUCCAAAAUAUUGUUUCACAGAAUCCAUAAACAGCUCCAUUUUGAAACCAUCUUGUUGUUUCUUCAAGAACUUCAUUACAGUAUCACAACUACUAAUAUCACAGGCUACAAACUUUUUGGUUCAGCCAUUUAAUCUGCAUCCAUGUUGUGCCCUACACUGUAUCUCACCCCAGAUGUCGCUAUUCCACAACAGCCCUUUUGUUUCCUUGUUAAAAUGUCCAUCAAUUUAAUCAAUGUGAAUAGUAGUCAUCGUCAGUGGCGGAUUCAGGGGGGGGGGCAUUCCUGCCCGUGCCCCCCUUUUUUUUUUUUUAUCGCUUGUCAAAUUUUCAUGGGGAACAUCCUGGAUCUGCCCCUGGUCAUGGUGUCCUCAUAGGCCCUUAACUUCAAGGCUUGCUCUAAAUUGAAAUAUGAAGUAGCAAUGCUAAACGAUUAACAGACAGUCUUUUGACCAAAUACUAAUGCAAGAGUGAUCUUUAUUGACCAUUGUUAAAGUUUUGUCAUUAAUCAGCACUUUGGUGUCUAGAACCCAGUUGCAAGGCUUUGUAUAAAAAGAUCUGCUAAUGUGAAUUACUUGUUAAAUGUGUAAAUAUUGUAAGUCUUCCAAACUCUAAAUUAAUGAUGAGUAUGACUAGCUGCAAUCCAUAAUGUUAUUUUAUUUCCUUUGGAGUUACAUCAGUCCUGUCUCCAGAUGGAAAUACUGUCUGCAGUAGAUAGCAAUGAAGCAGUUUUCAACUGUUCAUCAAAAUCAAGCAUUCCUUUAUAGUUGCAUUCAAUUGCCAUAAUAAUCAUCAUUACCUAUACAAGACAUUUUAGCAAGAUAAAUAAAUGUCAUAUUUCGCUCGCUACUUUCAAUCAGAGACCAACGGGGUAAACAUUUGGCAUGUUGCCCUCUCCGGGGCUUUGCCCAGGAAUCCUGUACAAAACAGGGGGAAAUAUUGGCCAUAUUUCUGCUAGUGAGCUUGCGCAGUAAGAGCCAACUUUGAACGCUAAUUUCAGUAUUUGUGAAAUCUGGUUGGAACCAGUUUGUGAACCAACACAUUGUAGAUAAUGCGCAGCCAGUGCAUACACAUUCCCAGCUAAUAAAACCCAAGCCCAAGAUUUUUAUGCGUUUAGUGAAUGUGUGCACCAUGCAUGAGGUGCGACUGUGCGAUAACAAUUAUGUCACAAUUGCGUAGCAAGGAUUACUUUACCAGGUUUGUGAAUAACCUGAUAUCAGAAGUAGUGAUAAGCACACAGGCAUAUAAAUUGUUCUAAAUAAUAGCUUGAAUUACACAUUAUACAGCUGUAGGUAAUAAUAUUGACUGGCUCUUCUUUCGGGAAACAUCAAAUACAUUGCCCUUAAAAGAACCAUAUUGCCCUUAUUUUAUCUAAAGAUUCUUGCCAAUAUGAUUCUUUUGUGGGCAACAUAUUUGAUGUUCCCCUCAAGGCCAGUCAAUAUUUUAUAAAUAUUUUGAUUGUGGGCAUUAACCGAAAGACAAGACAAAUACCAAAAAUGCCAGAAGAAAAUUUCAAUGCAACAGGGGCUUGUGCCCCAUUGCAUUACCUGAAAAAUUCAAUUAUGAUUGCCAUGGUAACAUGGUUCAGCAGCCAAUCAAAAUUAAGGUUUCUAUUGCAGUGACCAAUGGAGGUUAAAGUUAGAUUAAUGCAACUGGCUGUUGACUCGACUAAAAUAUCACAUUUCUUGAUUUUGUAAUUGCAUUAUAUUUGGAAGAAACAAGGCAUUUGAAAUUUCUUUAUUGGGACCAGUAUGUUUGUUUAUUCCAUAAAUCAUUCGCAUGUUAGUCAUUUACAGUCUUAGUUGAAUCAUUAAUACCUAAUGGAUGCAGUGAUAUGUACCAAAAGUGGUGUCAUGGCGGCCUGGUUCUAAACAAAUGAACCCGCCAAAUGAAAGCGUGUGUUUCUGAUAGGAGAAAAUGACUGCUAUAGGAAUUUGAUUGCUUGCAACCUAUUUUUCAGACGAGCCAAAGUCAUACAAAUGUGUACAGACGAUCGUCAGCUGCGACUGUUUAGAACCAGCCCGCCAUGACACCAUGGCAACUGACGUCACACUUCCGCACUCAAUUGUAAGAGGUUCAAUUGUCACUUCUAGUGACAACUAUGAAUCCAGUGACAAUUAUAAAUUCUAAUCUUAAUUAUUUGCAAAUUCUUUCAUAAUGAUAAUGAUAAAAAUUUAUUUUACAGGAGGCUGUUUAAUCAAGCGCUAUGUAGAAAAAAGUAACAACUUUCUAUUUCAAGAUUUGUAUAUUUUAGGAGAUUAAGUUUGCUGGCAAUAUUGAUGAUUGUGCUCGACUCACUGCUCAUUUUGACAUCAGAAUUUAAAAAUAAAAAUAACACCAAAAUCACAAUAUUUAGAAGUUUACUUUGAUCGUGCCAGUGGUUUCCAAUGUCUUCAUAAAUCCUUUAAUCUUGCAAUAUUUUUUAUGUUCUUUUUUAUCAAAUAGAUAUUGAUCAUCAUAUUUAUUUAUAUAGGUGCCUUGGGGGUAAUAUUUUUCCAAUAAUAGCUUUGAAGACAUUGUAGCAUCUCGUCAUUUCAGUCAAAGUAACUUUUCAUAAAUGAUGUUGUAUUUCACAUUGAAAUUAUAUUGAUGCAUAAGCAAUAAAAUAAUAAUAUUUUUCAAUCAAAA